UGUCAGGGGAAGAGCUGAAAACCUAACUUUCCCAUGUUUCUAGGGCUCGCUUGCUCAGGUGAAGUUCUGGAAGUUUUUCUGGACUCUGCAUGCAGUGAGAUCCUUCUCUGCCUUCUUAUUCCAGACUUCCCAUCUGGUUUAUUUAUUCAGUAGAACCGCAAGUACUGGACGUGUUCUUCUCUCUGAAACUGUUUCUGGAUGGGCAGUCUUACUGCCUCCCUUAAUAAAAACACUCCUGUGCUCAAGUAAUUUUCUUGCAAGCUGCAGCAUUUUCAAGGCAUUCCAUCUAUAAAUUGCAUAUCGUAAAAAAAGCAUUUGCUUUAUAUACAGCCAGUUGGUCAUAGAGACCAUUGUAUGGAGUAUUAAUAAUACAAAUGUCAGGCAUGAGGGUUUUUUGGUUGUCUUUUUUUCCUAAUACCAGAAUUUGUCAAGUCAAUUGAACUUGCUUUUGUAACAGUAUUUUAGUGCUGAAGUCAGCUGUGCAGUCUGCAAGGGGAUAAGAUGUUUUCUCUCUUCCUUUCCCUCUCCUUCUUUCUCCCUCUGUAUUUACAGGUUAUCCUAACAUUUGUCUGCAUGUUGAUGAAGGAAUCUGUAGAAAUUUCUCCAGUAUCUUACACACUGCAAGUCCAUCAGAUACCUUUGGAUGGAAGAGACCCCUCUAGCUCCUUGAGUGAAGAAAGGCAGAUGCAGUGUCAACUGGGACAAUAUCUACAUCCCAGAGAGACCCACUGCUGCAUGAGGUGCCAUGCAGGCACCUACAAGGCAAAAGACUGUGAUCGGCCUGACCAGGCACCCGUCUGUCUUCCAUGUGCUAAUGGCACAUUCACAGCUGUGGAUAACACCAUGUCUAAAUGCUUCCAGUGCACACGUUGCCGUACAGAAUUCCAACAGAUAGUAGAGACUCCCUGCACCCCAAAGCAAGAUACUGUAUGUGGCUGUCGGAAGAACCAGUACCAGAUUGGCCUGGCCGAUCUCUUCCAGUGUAGGAACUGCAGCUCAUGUGUUAAUGGGACUAUUACUGAUUGUACAAAGAACAAAGAUGCGGUUUGCAGGUGCAAGCCUGGAUUCUUCCUGACACUUAGUAAUGUUUGCAAGCCUUGCAACAGCUGCAUUGAUGAAGAAUGCUUGCUGUGUCAUAGCCCAGUGACUGCUUCACCGACUUCAACUGGGCUGAAUGGGAGCCUUGUCCUUGGCAUCAUUGUUGCAAUAUUUGGAGUUAUUUUCAUCCUCUACAUUGUAAAAAAAGUAGUGAAGCUCAUCCAGAAAAAGAGGAUAACAUCAUCUUCCUACUCCUGUGUCCCUUUGCCGCAGACAACCAAGGAGCCAGUAUCUGAGGUUGAGGUAAAAAGAGGUGAAAUUUCCAUCCUUCUUCCUGAGUCCCGGAAAGAAACAGAAUUGUUGGUGAAUGCAACAGCACCACCUGCACCUCUGACACAAAGGCCACAUGAGUUCCCAGACUGUGUCAGACCUGCUAGGAAGAGGCAGCUUCCAGACAGUCCUUCUAUUCUCUACACAGUGGUGGAUCAUGUACCGCCAUCUCGGUGGAAAGAAUUUGUGAGGCGUCUGGGCCUGAGUGACCACGAUCUAGAGCGAAUUGAGAUGGAGCAUCGGUGUUUCCGAGAUGCCCAGUAUGAAAUGCUCAGACAGUGGAAACUGCAUAUGAGCCAUGCUGCAACUGUGGAGCACAUCAGCUGUGUUCUCAACCAGAUGGAGCUGAGUGGCUGCAGUGAAGCCAUUCAGGAAGCUUUGCUAAACCAGAACUCUCAACCUUGCAGCUUCCACGUCCAUCAUUAGUCUAUUUCUGCUUCAGCUGCCCUGGCUGAGGCUGUUAAAAGAUGAUCAUAAGUCC